AUGUCAGCCAGCGACAAACAUGCGGCCAUGGAAACAAAUAAGCAAGCCGUUUCGUCGGAAACCACUCCCAACCUCAUAGACCUGGAGCCUGCAGAUACCCCUAAGUCGACUGAGGUUGAGGUCGAGGGCGAGGGCGCGGCACCGACUACGACUGAGGCUUCUGGUAAGCACAAGGAAUUAUCCUCUGUGCCAUCACAAGCCGAGGACGACAACACCAGAAAACCCGAAUCUAACUAUGUCUCACGGCCAAAGGCGCUUCCAUCCACUCCUCCUCCACCUGAGCCUCCUGCGCAGCACGAGAAACCAUACCAUGACCCUACACCUAAGACUCCUAUCGUCUCUCGCCAUCCCUCAGUUCGAGGAGCUGAAGAAGGAGAAGAAGAGUUUAACGAGGAGGGUCCUGCCUACAACCAAGAUGUGUCGGAGCGGAUGACCUAUCGCAAAUCAGAGAAAGAGAAUGAUCUCGAGUCAGCCUCGGAAAUCCAGAGCAUUAUGGAACAGUUUGCAGACGCUUCCAUUGCGCCGUCUAAAGAAGAAAUCAUGUCCCCUCGCCACGAGAUGCCUGGUCCCAUCCUAACUACGGGGGCCGGAUUUCCACCAAGGAGAUCUAGCCUCGAGCACCUGAGAUCAAGGGAUAUGGAUACAAUAGCUACAUCGCCGAUAGCGACCACUUCUUCCAGCGAGAAACCUCUACCAUCACCUCCCUCGAUAUCUCUCGAUGACCAAAGGCCACUUCAAUCCCCACCUCAAGGGCCGACCACAGCUGCCACCGCUCACGCACUUCCGCUGCCAGAACCCGACCCUGAACUUCCCUUUGACUUUCACCGCUUCCUUGAUCAGCUACGGCAUAAAUCUGCCGAUCCAGUGGCCAAAUUUCUUCGUUCCUUUUUGACCGAGUUCGGCAAGAAGCAGUGGAUGGUGCAUGAGCAGGUCAAGAUCAUCGGUGACUUCUUGGCCUUUAUAACCAACAAGAUGGCCCUAUGCGACGUCUGGCGCGAGGUCUCGGACAACGAGUUUGACAAUGCGAAGGAGGGUAUGGAGAAGCUGGUCAUGAACAGAUUAUACUCGCAAACCUUUUCGCCAGCCAUCCAGCCGCCACAACCUUCGAGAUCACGUUCGAGAGGGCGGAGGAAAGAACAGCAGGAGAAGAAUCAGCCCGCGUGGAGGAAAGGCCAGCAUCAGGAAGACGUCGAAAGGGAUGAAAUCCUUGCGCAAAAGAUCCGCAUUUACAGCUGGGUUCGCGAGGAGCAUCUUGAUCUGGUGCCCGUCGGACCCAAUGGUGAGCGGUUCCUGCGUCUUGCCCAACAGGAAUUGUUGAAGAUCAAAGGUUACCGAGCCCCGAGGGACAAGGUUAUCUGUGUCCUGAACUGCUGCAAGGUCAUCUUCGGCCUCCUGAAGAAUGCAAAGAGCUCCGACACAUCAGCUGAUUCAUUUGUGCCUUUGUUGAUCUUUGUGGUAUUACAGGCCAAUCCAGAGAAUCUGGUAUCGAACAUUCAAUAUAUUCUACGAUUUCGAAACCAAGACAAACUUGGAGGCGAGGCUGGCUACUACCUGUCGUCCCUUUCAGGGGCUAUACAAUUCAUUGAAAAUCUGGACCGCACCACCUUGACAGUGUCGGAUGAAGAUUUCGAGCGCAACGUUGAACGCGCAGUGUCUGAGAUUGCUGCGCAGAAUCGUAAGGUGGAAGAGGCGGUGAGCCCACGCUCAUCAUUCCAGGAGAAAUCUACAUUGGUGGAACCAGAACUCACACCAAGAAAUUCCAUGGAUGUGACUUCCACCAGUCCCAUACGAAGAGAUCCGCGAGGUAUGGCAGGCGGCUCCGAGGGCGGCUCCGACGACAGUGUGGUAGGCCUCCUACGGACGAUCCAACGACCUCUAUCCACAAUCGGACGUAUCUUUUCCGACCAAGAAACAUCGCAAGAAAGGCGACCAACCUCAAGCCCAGCACCUCCUUUGAAUGCAGCGAGACUGAGCUCUGCGGUCUUCCAGCCCCCGCGCGGCGAGGCUGGCACGCCCUCUUAUGAUGCACAAGAAGCGGCCGCACGGCAAGCCAGUGCUGAGCUGGCGGAAGCGAGACGCAUACAACGCGCCGAGCACAAGACUGUGGUGGAGACGUUAUGUGGGAUGUUCCCAAACCUCGAUAGGGAGGUCAUCGAUGAUGUGGUACGCCAGAAAGAAGGUCGGGUUGGGCUUGCAGUUGAUGCAUGCUUAGCUUUGACCGCCGGAGGCUAG